CGCGCUCCCGUGUGUCGUGUGACCGCGCAGCGCGCUCCCGUGCCGCGCGCAGUGACUCAGUGGAAGGGUUCGCGCUAACAGUUCCUCUCCGGAUCCAAGCGUCACCUCACCGGCCAAAAACAUGUCCAAACUGGAGCAGAUCCUCAUCUUAGAGCCUUCCACCGACCUGAGGUUCAAAGGUCCUUUCACAGAUGUCGUCACUGCGAACCUGAAGCUAAAGAAUCCAUCAGAUAAGAAAGUAUGUUUUAAAGUGAAGACCACAGCGCCGCGCAGAUACUGCGUACGGCCGAACAGUGGCAUCAUCGACCCCGGGGCCACGCUCAUCAUUUCAGUUAUGCUGCAGCCGUUCGAUUACGACCCCAAUGAGAAAAGUAAACAUAAGUUCAUGGUACAGACCAUCUUCGUCCCCGCAGCCGUUACAGACGCAGAAGCCAUGUGGAAAGACGUGAAACCCGAUGAGCUCAUGGAUUCCAAACUCAGAUGCGUCUUUGAGCUGCCGUCUGAAAACGAUAAAGUGAACGACGUUGACUCUAAAUCGGCGCCGGUUCUGAACUCCUCUAAAGCAGACGGGCCGCUGGCAGCGAACGACUCGGAGAUGAAGAAGAUCCUGGAGGAGUGCAAACGCUUGCAGACGGAGGUCAGCAAGCUCAACGAUGAGAAUCGCCAGCUCAAGGACGAGGGUUUGAGACUGAGGAGGUUCGAGCGCAGUGAAUACCUCACGAUUAACUCCAGCUCUGCGCUGGGUCACGAGUCGAAGGCCGGAUCUCUUCCCUCGCUGCUCGUCGUCAUCGCAGCCAUCUUCAUCGGGUUCUUCCUCGGCAAGUUCAUCCUGUAGAAUCGGAGACUCCCGUCUCUCUUUGUCUGGGUUCAUUUGCUGUUUUCUGUUGACGGAUGUUCGAGCCAUGAACUGCUUCCCCUCAAACGCGAUUCGUUUCACUCAAACUCGAUGGAAAGUGUAAAUGUGGUUUUAAUGGUUCAUCCAGACGAAGGAAGAGCUUCGGACCUUCACCAGAGACACAGGUGUCUCCUUCUGUGCAUUCGUUCUGUUUCUGUUCCUAACAACACCAACGCAGACUGUUUUAUUACUGUAAUUAUCAUUUAUUAAUUAUAUUAUUAAUGUACUUUCUGUCAAAGCAGCAUUUAUCCACACAAGACGUUCACUGAUGUCUUCACUUUACUGUCUCAUACUAGACGACACUGAAGAAAUAAAAGAAAAAAAAUUAA